CCUGGCUUGUAUAAAGUCAAGUGCUGUUUCUACAUGUGAAGUACAGGAAUCUUCACACUUUUACUGCAAGUCUACUGAGAGCUGAUUGAGUCAUGACGUCAUUGGUCUUGGCAGUGUUGGCCCUGUGUCUGAUGGCUGUACAUGCAGCCCAUGUGUCGAGCCAUUGGUUGGAUGGUGACUGGGAGAUGUGGAAGGGCUUUCACAAAAAGGACUACAACAAGAGUGAGGAGGGUUGGAGGAGGAUGGUUUGGGAGAGGAACCUGGAUAAGAUUGAGCUGCACAACCUUCAGCACUCGAUGGGAAAACACUCCUACCGUCUUGGCAUGAACCACUUCAGUGACAUGACCAACGAUGAGUUCCGGCAGCUGAUGAAUGGCUACAAGCACAGCAGUGCGAAAACGCGCAUGCGCUCACUGUUUAUGGCACCCAACUUCCUGCAGACUCCUGCAGCUGUAGACUGGAGAGAGAAGGGCUACGUCACCCCCGUCAAGGACCAGAGUUCGUGUGGGUCAUGUUGGGCGUUCAGCAGUACCGGAGCCUUAGAGGGCCAGCAUUUCAGAAAGACGGGCAAGCUGGUGUCUCUGAGUGAACAGAACCUGGUGGACUGCUCUUGGCCCCAGGGAAACCAGGGCUGUAACGGGGGUCUCAUGGACCAGGCUUUCCAGUAUAUACAGGAGAACCAGGGCAUAGACACAGAGGAUUCCUACCCCUAUGUUGGCGAGGAGGGUCCUUGCCGCUACCGAAGUGAGUUCAGUGCUGCCAAUGACACCGGCUUCGUGGACAUCCCCAGUGGCCAGGAGGUGGCGCUGAUGAAUGCAGUGGCUGCUGUUGGCCCCGUCUCUGUCGCCAUCGAUGCUAGUCACGAGUCCUUACAGUUCUACCAGUCAGGGAUCUACUAUGAGAAGGACUGCAGCAGUGAGCUGCUCGACCACGGGGUUCUGGUUGUGGGAUACGGUUUCAAAGGACAGGAUGUGACUGGCAACAAAUUCUGGAUCGUCAAGAACAGUUGGAGCAGCAAUUGGGGAGACGGAGGCUACAUCUACAUCGCCAAAGACAUGAAUAACCACUGUGGCAUCGCCACGGCAGCUAGCUACCCGCUUGUCUAAUACAACACGAAAGAAAUGUUUCAGUUAAAAAAAAUCUGAGAAACAUUUUCUAGAACGGCCACAAUGACUCAUACUGUCCAGGUCUCUAAAGUGAGGCUAUUGCGGCGUAUGCUCCUAAAUAUUUAACUGAGCGACUUGGAUUUGCAUUUUGGGAGCAACAGUGGCAUAAACAAAUCACCCCGAUAAUAAUUGUUGUAAUGAUUAGGUUUUGUUUGAUCUUUCCACCCCCCCAGUACAUCAGAGAAAAAGACAGAGCUGUUUACUUGAGUAGCAGACUACAUCAAAACAGAUUUUAGGUCAGACAGUUCAGCCGAAUGUUCAAUACAAAGACUCUUAUGCCUACAUGGCAGAAUGAUUUCAUGACUGUUGGGCCUUUGAUGAGGGCAUGGGGCACACUUGUCAGAGAUUUCCCCUAGAUCUUAAAAGGGCUUUUCUGAUGGGGUUCAACAUUAAUGUUGUUUUUGGAACAUCACAUUUUGUAGGUUUUCUUUUUUAAAACUGUGGUUGUUGAAGAAUGUAUAGAAAAAGCAACUUAAUAAUAACAAAACAGACUAAAAUUAGAAGAUUAUACAGAGCCAUAUGAAGAAAUAUUGCUCAAUAUGAUGUUUUUUUUUUUAAAGCUGGGCACACCAGCUGACCAAUAGCAGAUCUAAGUGUAGAGCCCAGGUGGUCUUCUACAUUGUUUUAUACUUGAUUUUGUGGUGUGCAUUUUAUGUAGUAUAUUCGUUCCGUUUGAGUUAAGGGCAUGUUACUGUUGUGACCACUGAUGCUGACAUUCCUAGUUAUCGGCCUUUUUUAUUUACACAGAUACAUGUGAGAAAAAUAAACAUUUUAAAUUGUA